UUAUCUCCCCUCGUCAUUCUCUCUCUCUCUCUCUCUCUAUUUGCCCCGUGGCUUUGUCGUCUUCUCCAAGGACCCCGGUUCGUCAUCCUCUGAAGAUAUCCCACUUCCCAAAUCCAGCAAGCCGGCCGUUAUCGCGGUCAAGAUCGAGUUUUUUGAUUCGAGGAGGAGGACCCAGUUGCGGCAAAGGCUUCCAUGUCGCGGGUGGCGGCUUCCAAUCCGCUGGCGCUCCACCGGUUUAGGCCCUGCUUUCGGGCAGCUCCUCGGUCCUCGUCGCUCGUCGCGACCCCACCCGCCGUGCGAUUUCGGCCCAGGAAUCGCGGGCUGCGGAUCGUCGCGUGUGGGGCGAAUCCUGAUCCUACCGAAAGUUCCACGUCGGAAAAGUUGGUCCUUGAGCCUUCUUCAGAGAAUGACAGUACUACUGACCAAUCAACAAGUCCCUCUCCAAACGUUGGGCUCCCAGAUUUACCCAAUAAAUCUUUCAAUAAGCAAAUAGCUGUAGUUUCUGCUCUAGCUGCAGUUGGACUUUUCUUAUCUGGGCGGUUAGAUUUUGGUGUUUCUUUGAAAGACCUCACCGUUGCUGCAUUGCCUUAUGAAGAGGCUCUCGCCAAUGGGAAGCCCACUGUGGUGGAGUUCUAUGCUGAUUGGUGUGAAGUUUGUCGAGAAUUAGCUCCCGAUAUCUACAAAGUCGAGCAGCAGUACAAGGACAGGGUUAAUUUUGUUAUGCUAAACGUUGACAACACUAAGUGGGAACAAGAGCUCGAUGAGUUCGGAGUUGAGGGUAUCCCACACUUUGCAUUCCUUGACAGAAAGGGAAAUGAGGAGGGCAAUGUGGUGGGCAAGCUUCCGAGGCAAUACCUGCUUGAGAAUGUGGAUGCCCUAGCCCGCGGUGAAGCAUCCAUACCUCAUACUCGUGUUGUCGGACAAUAUUCCAGUGCUGAAGCAAGAAAGGUACAUCAGGUUGCUGAUCCGAGGAGUCAUGGAUAGGAUUUAGAUUCACUUGGUUGAGAAGCAACGAAUCAAGUUGUUGGUACCAUGUUUAUAGAAGAGAUGACUCUCCUGGUGCACAUUUAGUCUUCAAGAGCUGUGAGGCAGCUUAUUCUUCUAUCUCCUGAUAGGAAUGCAUCUCCUCUAUAUAAUGGCUGAAAGAGCGAUCGAUCUAUUCAAAUAACAUUUGGAUUCUAUUUAGCAAGUAGAUAUUGGAUAGGUGUUAUGUGCAACUUGCAGAUUGAAUUAUCUGUCUAGAUAUUCAUCACUUGACUGUGCAGAUUCAAGAAUGGAUAAUUUAUCGAGUUUUACGUAUAAUUCUGUUAUUGAACAAGGCCCAGUGAAAUGCUCAAAAAGGUUGAAUAAAUCUCUUUGAGGUCAUCAAGAACAAGCUUUUGUGUUGGUGCAGGGAGAUUCUUCAAAAGUUCUACAAAGCUGAGUUUGUGCGGGAUGAUGAAGGCAGG